CAAAAAAGAGAAUAGGUGGGAAGAUAAGGAGGUUGAAUGACCUGUCACCUCCCGAACACACACACACAACCCUGACGCACACAGAAACACAGACAGAAGGAAAUCACUCAACACCUCCAAGUGCGUACAUCAGGGAAGUGUUACACACACAGAUGACAGUACUGUGUAGAAUAUUUUCAUCUGAAGUGAUGGUGGAUGCUGCAGACUCCCAGUUAGCCGAAUUUUUACUUUUUGUCUGUCCAGAAACUCUAAUGCUAUUCUUGACACUCCCUUGGCCAGUGUCAAAUUGUGUGUUAUAUAUCCAAAUAAUAGGCCAAGUAGAUGCAGGAGAACAAUAACAGAAAAGACCUUGAACUCAGAUGAGUCAAGCUGAGCAAUGAAUUUAGAAUGAUAGAAUAUUAGAAUAGUUAGAGUUGGAAGGGACUUUAAAGAUCAUCUAGUUCCAACCCUCAGAUCAUCUAGUUCCAACCCUCACUCUGUUUGAAAAGCCUGUGUCACAUAGUUACAUGACAGUGGUACCCGGGCUCACUGUUAGCGUGCAGGCAGCACCCUCUGAUUCUCUUGGGAUUCUCUCUCUUUGCUUCAGAGACGCAUGGGUCCUUAGAGAGCCCAACAAAUGUGACAAAACUGGACUUGAGAUAGGCUAAAUGAAGAGUCCCAUGUGCUUUUUGAUAGGAAAAAAAUCAAUUCUCUCUCUGAUGUAAAUGCUGCAAAAAGGCUAAUGGAUACUACUCAGUUUACUCCUUAACUAGCAGGAUGAAGAGCACCUAGUUCAGGAUUACAGUCAGCUUCUUUAUCUUUGCAGGGAGAAACUAACCUAUAUGAAUUUGCAGCUGGUGCUAAAUUUGGCAGUGCUGUAUACAGGUGAGGAGACAGCCAAAUAGGGCAGGGGGAGCUCUAUAGAACAGGAAUGUGAUGAGAAAUUCAGGGGCUGCUGUAUUGAAGCUGUUCCUGAGCUCUGCUGAGAGAAAGUAAUCUUAAGCACUGCUUAGUCAGUGGGGCAGGCUGGUAUAAGGUGACGUGGCAGCGAUGGCAGGUGUCACAUCGGGCCCAAUAUAGCAGCAAAAAAACCUGCCCAUGUGAUUUUAAGAUGGUUCAUAGUCUGCAUGAGGUACACUUUGUUAUAGUGUUGAAAUAAAACAGACUGGAGAGAUAGUGUGAGAAGGAGAGGGCUCUCAUUCAGACUUUCCCCAUGCUUUCUUGGUCUCCCUGUUUAUCACUUCCCCGUUGCUCUCCUACAGAGCCUUGACUCGGCUUUUUGGCAGUUUCAACCACUUAACUCUCUACAGCAUCCAGAUUGCUAACGCUGUCAGGUUUAGAAAGGGGACAUUUUCAGUGACUAUCUACUUCCCACCUAGUACUACCUUGUCAAGACUCAUUUCUUCCUUCUUUCUAAAAAUCUGUAGGAAUCUUUUCACACUCCAGCCUCAUUGCUGGACCCUUGCCUCAAGUGUUUAAUUUCUCAUUCAAGGUGAAAUCCAUCUAUAGCUUGUGAGUGGAUUAUUUUAUAUACCCAGUGUAUAUACAUGUACAUAUGCACAAACGCACAGACAUCCCCUCCACCUUAAAAAAUGUUAAAUUUGCAAACUCCAGCAGUAGGGAGUUAGGAAAUGCAGGAGUUACUGUUCUCAGUAAUCUUAAUUCAAUCUCUUUGUGCCUGUGCCUUAUAGCUAUGAGUCUUUAACCACAUCCUCACAUUGUCGCCUCAUUCUUUGCACAGGAUGCCUGCCUUGUUAUGUGCCAGCCUGGCUAAGGCUUCCUUGAACAGCAGCUAUUCAACGUUUUGUUUUCUCCUCAUUGUUCAGUGGGUGGCCUAUGCCUCGUUUACUGUACAUUAUUCAAGUCCAGUUCUAAAGACAGAAUUAUUAGUUUCCUUGUGGGUUUUCCUAUGGCUUUCAUCACAACAGUAUCUGAUUGCUUCACAAUUAUUAAAUUACUUAUUUUCAUUACCACCUGGAGGUAAGGAGGUGGUAUUAGAUCAAUUUUACAGCUGAGGAACUAAGGCAGUGAGAGAUUAAGAUUAAAAAUGUUCAUUAAUCGUAGAAGCUUUUGGUGAUAUUGCUAAUCUAGGGUUUGUUUUUUUUCCAGUGUAUUAAGUGCUAUAUAAUGUAUGUUCAAAACAGAACCCUGUCUGGUUGAUGUUGGGCUGGAAGAGUUUAUUAAUUCCACCAGUUAGACCACAUCUAAAAGUCAGAUAUAUCCAGAAGACAAGAGACACCACUGAGGGGUCAUUUGUGAAGAAGCGUGGCUUAAGUGAUUUGCCCCAUUAUGACAGAGAAAAUUGGGGUAAGAAGUAAGAAUUAACUCCAGUCCUUUUGGAUAGCUUUACAUGAUUUUAAACUGGAGACAGUUUUUCUCCCAUCACACUAUUCCCUCCCUUCUUCACCAGACAUCUGAAUACAGCCUAAGACCCUGGAGCCCUGCAGCAGUCACCCUCACUGGACUGCUUCACUUUCCGAGCAACCCUGUGCCCUGAACAAGGCAUCUGUCAACUUUUCUAACUAACUCAAAAGAAGAGGAGUUUCAUAUGGAAAUUCUCAACCAUUCUCAAGGCAUGCCCAUAACAACAAAGAUAAUGAAGAAAGAGGAAAAUGUAAGUGUACACCUCUUAGUUCUUACAUUAAAAAGCACUGACCCCUCUUUAAGAUACACUAGAGACUUAGAAACACGCAUCCCUAUGAUUAUUACUUACUGUGUGGCAUGAAUAUUUCUUUAUUUCAGGAAAAAAGCUGCAUGCAAGAGUAUUGUUCAUAGAGAUCUUUCUGUUGCUUAUCAGUAGCCAUAAAAUUCUUUUCUCCUUUUUCUUCAUUUUUUAGCCUAAAGACUGAAGUUUCUGUGGUGCCUCCUGGGAACUAUUUCUAAUUUUAAGCCUCUGUCCUCGUGCCUCAUAAAACAGCACCCGAGGUGUGGAGCAGCCUCUGAAAUGCGCUCCCUAAUGACACGGUAUAGUGCUGAAUUACUCAUUCCUUCUCGUCUAUUUUCAAUGCUGUGAGAUAAGUCAGAAAACAAGGGCAAACGUGCAGAAUGUGUGAAAUCUCUCUGAAGGUCAAAAAGAGAAGAGAGGCUAGGGCAUGAAGUGGAAACAUUUAAAUUUUUCAUGUGAAAGCCUGUAAUAGUAAAAUAUUGUGAUAAUAUAUACUGUUGAGUGGAAAAAAAAAACCAACAACCCCAAAUAGUUAUAGUAGCAGGAAUACUUAACAUAGUUCCCAAGCGACCGGAGUCUGGUGAGUAUUUUAAACCCUGAAGCCUCAGGAAUUCUCCUAAACUACUGUUCUGCCUCCAAGGAAAGGAUGUAGAAAGUUGGAAAUCUACACACUUCUCAGAGUAGAUUUCGAAAAGAACAGCAAAUACAGAUUUUUUUUUUUGUUUCUGGUGCAAAUACUGAAUAUUGUUAGGAUUCUAUAUAACAGUUUAACCUGCUCUUAGCUGCAUGUGCAUAAGCACACACAUAUUACAAAUGUUAAGUGGUGUAGCCUUAAAGAGAGGAUCGCACAGGCAGCAGUAGGGAAAACCUCUUACAUGUACUGCUUCAUGAAGCUGUUUUGACAGGUUUAUUAGCAUGGAGGAUGACUUCAGGGACAGAAGCACUGUCUCAGUUUACCAGAGCUGUUAAAAUAAGAGUGUCAUGGAGCUCAUUAGACAAGAUGAAUGGCCAGAAAGAUGACUUUUUAGGAAAUCAAAGGAAUCACCACAGAUCUGAGGUGGCAAUUAGUAAACAACUUUUCCACUCAUUGUGAUUGGUUCUUUCCAGGUGGGUGUAUAGUGCUAUUGCGUUUUCAAGCCAGGCUGUUCUUUGAAACAUGCAGUGACAACGCUAGAAGUAUUAAAUUAUGGAAAUAUAAUUGAUUAAUUAUUCUGAGUACCAAAAGGAGGAAGAAGUUAGGAAGGUGACUAAAAAGAAGCAGCAGCUGCUAGUGGGAGAGGACGUUCGUCCCUUUAGGUCUGCGUGCCUCUGCUGAGGCUGCCCUUGGCAGUGUCGGAAUGGAGAAGAAAGGCAUUCCCCCCGUGGCGCACUCAGUACAAGUGACUGGGAGAUACAAGCAAGGCACUUCUCUACAUUUGAGUUAUGUUCCCAGCUCCCCAGUCACAGACCCGCCAGGACUAAAUACUCUCAAGGAAAAGAAAUUGAAAUAUUUUGAAACCAUCUAGCACGCUUCAGAAUACAGGCGGUUCACGCAAGCACUUGAUAGAGUGUUUAUACCCUGAGAGCCUCUCAUAGGUGGAGGAAACAAACCAUGGAGAGCCUAAACAAUUUGUCCAAAGGAUCAGCCUGAUGCUGUGACAGCUUCCAGCAGAGAUGAGCUAGCUGGCUAGACAAGAGGCUACCUACUGAAAAGAGAGGGUGAAAGGUGCCGCCUGCCACAGCAGCAGCUGGUAAGAAGGUGACUGGACUGCACAGCAUCAGUGCACACAUGAUCAGUGGGGAAGUGUGAGCCCAGCUUCAAUCCUUGUCAAUGGCACCUCGUUGACUUUUAACGCUUCCUUAUCGUGUCUGCGCUCACCUCGUACCAGCACUGAUAAAAUGCCAUCGCUGGUGUAAUCUUCUGAGCAGCUCUGCGGAAAAUGCUGCAGAACAUGGGAGGCUGAAUUGCCUGCAGCCAGCAACCAGCGUGGGACACUGGUCCAGAGGGAGGCAAGCAACUGGCAGUGGUAUACUUGGGAGAGUCCUCUUUAUGGAUUAGAAGAAAGAGCCACUGAAUACAGAGUAACAAGUAACUACUGAGCAGACAGUAAGAAAUGGGUGACUGGAGUUUCUUGGGGAACAUUUUAGAGCAGGUGAACGAGCAGUCCACUGUCAUCGGGAGAGUUUGGCUCACAGUGCUCUUCAUUUUCCGCAUCCUGAUCCUGGGAACAGCUGCCGAGCUAGUGUGGGGAGACGAACAGUCAGACUUUGUGUGCAACACCCAGCAACCUGGUUGCGAGAAUGUCUGCUAUGAUGAGGCCUUCCCCAUCUCCCACAUCCGGCUCUGGGUCCUGCAGAUCAUAUUUGUAUCCACACCUUCGCUAAUGUACUUUGGGCAUGCAGUGCACCAUGUUCGCAUGGAGGAGAAGAGGAAAGAGCGAGAAGAAGCUGAGAGGCGUCAGCAAGCUGAGGUAGAUGAAGAGAAGCUGCCCCUGGCUCCAAAUCAAAACAAAGGCAACAACCCUGAUGGGGCCAAGAAGUUUCGCUUGGAGGGUACCCUCCUAAGAACCUACAUCUUCCACAUAAUUUUCAAAACCCUCUUUGAGGUGGGAUUCAUAGUAGGUCAGUAUUUCCUGUAUGGCUUCCGAAUUCUCCCCCUUUACCGCUGUGGUCGGUGGCCUUGUCCCAAUCUUGUGGACUGUUUUGUCUCCAGGCCCACGGAGAAGACGAUCUUUAUUAUGUUCAUGCUAGUGGUGGCUUCUGUGUCCCUCUUCCUCAACUUGGUGGAGAUCAGUCACUUGAUCCUGAAAAGGAUCAGGAAGGCCCUGAGAAGACCAGCAGAAGAACAGCUUGGGGAGGUCCCAGAGAAGCCCCUCCCUGCCAUCACAGUCCCCUCCAUCCCAAAGACCAAAGGCUACAAACUGCUGGAAGAAGAGAAGCCAGUUUCCCACUAUUUCCCUCUCACAGAAGUAGGAGUUGAACCCAGUCCCCUUCCAUCAGCCUACAAUGAGUUUGAGGAGAAAAUUGGGAUGGGACCUUUGGAAGAUAUCUCCAGGGCAUUCGAUGAGAGAUUACCAUCAUAUGCACAAGCAAAGGAACCAGAAGAGGAGAAGGUAAGAGCAGAGGAGGAGGAGGAAGAAGAGGUGCAGCCGGGACCUCCAGAAGAGCCAGAGCUGAAGAAAGCAGAGGAGGUGGUGAGCGAUGAAGUGGAAGGGUUUUCAGCACCUGCUGAACUCACCGCUGACAUGAGACCCCUCAGCAGGCUAAGUAAAGCCAGCAGCCGGGCCAGGUCAGAUGAUUUGACUGUAUGAAGGUGCAGGAUAUAGGGAGCACAUGAAAAAGAAAAGGUAGAAAAGAAAAGCAGAGAUAGAGAAAAAAAAUCAGAAGAUGUUUUUAAGUAAAGUGCUAAAAUGGCCAUUUGAAUAUUACUUCCUCUUGAGAUUCUCAACUGGAAAGGUACUAUCAUGGUAACUGUGCCUUAUUUGCCCUGUAUGUCCAUCUGACAAGGAACAUUUUCCCUGUUUACACAUACCAGCCCACUCCUUACAGUAAUACCUACACUGUACACAUAACUGAUGUCUUUUAAAACAUAACAUGGCAGUGAACCCCAGAUGUCACCACUGUGAAUGUAUUUACUGGAAGCUUUCUGUUCCACAUUUCUCUAGGAACGUGGAGAAGAUCUGUCCCUUCAGCAAACCAGGAGGAAGACUGAUCAACAACUGUAUCUAGUAUUUCUUUUUCUGUUUCAUGCUAGGCAGAUCUCCCCUUCAUUGUUGGCACGGAAUUACAGUUAUUUAAUUCAUAAAGUGAAUUCUGUGCUUAGAUGGUUAUUAUUGUUCAUCGCCACGCUAAAAUAGUAAGCACUAAUUCCUCUCUUUAUUUAGAAAAUCAAGGCCAAAAUUUUCUGUGGAUACAAAUCUGAGUUGGGUAAAACCAUUUUCCCUUUGUCAAAAAUAUUUCUGCUCUUCAAGUGACAUUGACAGUGGGCAAGGUUAAAAGUAGCUCUCUACUAGGAUUUAGCAAUGCCCACAGAUGGAUUAUUUGUUCACAAGAGGGUCAACCACCCCCAAUUCUAUUUCAGAGCACCGGAAAGGAUAAUUUGAAGUGAUAUUUUUCACUUGUAGUCUUGUGACUUAAAAAUCUGAAAUUCAGUUUAGCGAAGCAAGCGUGGGAAGGCUUCUCUGAAAGGAGGAAACAGCUACAGCGCUGGGAGCAGGAAACAAAACACAUGCCUUAAAGGCAUGAUCCUGACACGUGCUCAGAUUCUGGAGCUCCCAGACUUACAGGCACUCAGCAGAUCUUAGGUAGAGUCCUUAAGGCACCUGUGAACCUAAACCAGUGGUCUGGGUAGCUAUAUGACCAUUUGAACAUGGAAAUACAAAACUGUUUGUUAAAGUUUGAAAAGUCUGAAGUGCUAAUAGUCUUUUGACAUCCUUUGUUUUUAAUUUGACAGACAGGAGCCAUCCAAUGGUCUACGUCUCUAUUAAAUGCUGAAGUCUUGAGUAAAACAAAGGCUUUCAAAAGAUGACUUAGGGCCAACAGGUCUGCACAGAACUCUCAGAGCCUCAACAAAAUCUUUCUUGUUACAGAAGGCAGAAAACCAUGAGCUUGCAAAUGUUUAAAUGUCUCUGAAUUUCUAAUUUUAGGACUACAGCAGCACCUUUUGGCUAGGACAGUGCAGCAAUGCAUUCAAAAGCUUCAGGUUAACAGCUAUGUUCCCCCAAAACUGAGCCUCAUGCCAGAAAAGUGCAGGUAUGCAUUCUCAUCUGCUCUGCUCUGCAGACCUCAGACCCUGUCAGCUCAGCAAAUUCUUUCUGUUGGGCUGCAGCCCAUUCCAUUGUUCCCAGGACAGGCUCUAAUCCAGGUCAGGGAAAAAAAGGUCUUUGGCAUAAUGCAUAAAACUUAUCCCGCCAUUAGCUAGAAAAGACCCCCUGUGUCCUCCCAUUGUAGCAGGGCUGACUCCAAACCAAUUGAAGUCAAAUGGGUGGCUGAGAGAGCUCUGGGUAGGCUUGGGCUCACAAUUUCAGUUCUGCUGCCCUGCAUCCCAGCCCAGGCAACCACCAGUGCUGUUAGUUCUGUCACUAGCAGGUCUAACCUGUUUGGUGGAGAUCCUCUGCCUUGUUACGCAGCUGCCCUAUGUGAGUGCAAAGGUGGCUGGACUUCACUGAUGAGUGAAGCAAGCUGUACAUAUGUAGAAAGUUUGUAAGGUGCAUUGGGAUUCUUCAGCACCAUAGCGGUGCCACGUAUUACGUUUUUACACUAUUAAUCCCUUUGCUCCUCUUGGGCCUGUGUAUUUUCCUAAGGCUUGCAGCCUGGGGCCAAAAUCUUUGCUCCCUGAAUAAAGGCUGUUAGGUUGUCCUUCCUUAUGAAGAAAAACUGGAAAAUACCUCCUCAGUUUUGAGAAGGAAUAUGACAAAGCAACAUAUGUGAAGGAACAUGCAGAGAAUCUGAAGGCUUACCAUUUAUCCACUCUCUUAAUACAGAAACAAUACAGUUAACACAAACGAAAGGCAACUGAAGAAAGAGAAUGUUUUCCAGCAGGAAAAGAUUCUCACUGUGCUCAGUUCAAAAUAUUAGAAUUCAUACAAGGGCAAAGAUUUUGAUGAACAGCAAAAUCACCACUCUUACACUAGAUGGGAUCUUUUACUUUGUGUUUUCUUCAUGGAAAGAUAUAAGAGAGUUUUAAUUGUUUUAAGCAUAAAUGAGCCCACUUGUUGAAGGGGUUUGGAAACACACUUUCCUGUAGGUAAAACCCAAAACCCUGUAACAUUUCAGUAUGAGGUAUCUUAUACCUUCUUCAGAGCAUCUGACCCUCCCAGAUGUCAAGAUACUGGACUAGAUGAAUCACUCCUACCCUUAUUUACUUCUAAUUACUUGACAAGUCCUUUUACAUACUAGUUAUUUUAAUAACCAUCCCUGCUCCUAACCUCUGACGUGCAUACCUUCAUUGGAUCACUGGACUACUUAAGGACUACUUAAAGAUGACUGCUUAUUCAUCAGAGGUUUAUGGUUCGCAAUACGGCUGUCAGGCGGUCCAGUCUUUAGACACCAAGUUUUGUCCUUCCUCCAGGUCGCAACAGCACAAUGAAACAAGCCAGUAUUUUCCUCCUGCAUCCAGCCAAAUGCUUGUUGAUUUCUUUUCAAGCUAGCUUUCAAGGACCCUGCCAGGCUGCUAGCAAAUCUAUAGUCACCAAAUACAAACCACGGCAUCGAGAUGGUACUUCUCGGCAAACUGGGCAGGGAACUAACUGUCUGGUCUUCCAGCAUUCAGCCUCAUCUCUGCAAUGAAAUCACUGUGGGACUGUCAGCAAGUCAUUCUUCCUUCUUGUACAAUUGGAAAUAAUGUUCUACCUCACAAAGAUAGUGUGAGGCUCAAUAUAUUGUGUAAGUAAUAGAAUGGGAGGUCCACGGAUGGAAGGCCCCACAGAUGAGCAAAGGAUUAUUGCUAUUUCUGCAUGUGAUAGCAUAUAAAUGUGUUUUAUUCCCUCUCAAUGAGACAAUUUCAAUCAUUUCUUCAAGAAACUCCUAGUGAAACUGCAUAACAGCCUCAGAGCUGCGGAUUCAGUGUAUAAUUCUACUAAAAAAGGGUAAUUAAGUAAAACAUAGACAUAAAUGUAAAGAACAGGGAAAAUUAUCUUCUUGGGAAGGGGGAAGUCACUGGAUAAUUAGAGCCAUGCCUGGAUCAUUUAAAGGCAUGUGUUCCUCCUUGGCUUCCUGUCCAAAUGAAUUUCUAACUGGCUCUCUGCAAGGAGCAUAAGAUGCAAGUGUCAAAAUCACCAAAAGAGGUGAAAGUAGAAGAGAAAAGUAGUGUCUUGGCUUACAAUAGCAUGUGGGAGUUGGUGUUCUCUAGUGUCUAGAGCAGUGGACCUAGGAUAAUAACCUUAGAUUUAUUUCCAGCUCUGCUUCUGACUUGCUGUGAUAAUCACUUUACCUCUCAGUGCCUGUUUUCUCCACCUGUAAAAUGGUGUAAGAAUUUCCACCUACCUCACAGGGAUGUUGUGAGGCUUUCUUAAUUCUGUUUGUAAAGUAAGUAGGAAUGAUCUGAUGAAAAGCACUGCUGAAAUGCAUGGUAUCCUUGUUAUUUCCUGGCAGAACUGCUAACUUGGUCAAUACAUGACUCCUUGACUAGAAGGGUAAUAGUUUGAAAAUGUGAACACUGCAUUGCACUGACAACAUCAACACAGAUGGGGAUUUGCCAUGAAUGAAAAAGACUCCAUUGAUCCCCCACUCAUUUCUCCCACCUUAGCCUCGGCCUGGCCGUAUGAAGAAGCGGUGGUUACAUGGACUCCUCUUCUCCAUCCCCAGCACCCGUUGUGGGGCAGCAUUUAUACUUAAACAGGACAAUUUCUGGAAGGGGUUGCAGGUUAGUGGGACUCUAACAAUUUUGAGGUCCCUGCAAGGUAUGUGGGAGAGGGUUAUAUAACACGCAGUAUUGCUGGGCUUCCGUUUUAAGACACUCGGUGCAAAAUCCAAGUAAAUUUUCCAGAGUCUCCAUGAAAUUUUACAAUUGCUUAUAGUACACAUUAAAAAAAGCCACCCUCCAUGAAUGCAAACCCACAAAUUCUCAUGUUAUACUGAUUCUUUCCUCUAAGUGAGACAGAUACCAAUGACUUCUUAGUGCUGAUACACAAUGAGGUACAGAUUCCUCUGCCUGUAGGAGGGGAAAGGUUUUGGGGGAUCUUUGCUCUAUAGGUUUGUGUGGGCAUGAAAUCUACUUACUGAGAGAGUAAAGUCCAGUCUCUCCUGCCACUCAGUAACUCACUGACUGUGCAGUUUUAGAUUUAAAGAGCGGCUGUGUCACACAAUGGUGAAAAAAAAAAAAAGUGGCUGUUUGCUGUUUUGUAUAGAAAAUUGCUUUUCAGGCUGACAGCUGAAAGUAAUCCUAGCCUAGGCAUAGUUUUGUUUAGUAAAGAUAGGAACAUCCAUGAGAACUAGACUAAAGCCUUCCUAUAAGCCUGAGGCAACUGUGAUAAAACGGUAUAUGGUGCCAGACUUCCUGAGAGCCAGGGUCAGAUAUGUGUACCAAAAUCAGGGGACUUAUCUAAGUAUUGGAAUAUUUUUUUUCCACCCAACAGAAUGAUGCUACCAUUUCUUAGGCUCUGUGUGCACUACAUCGUUUAACAUGGCUCAGGGAAGGCUUUUUGCCAGCACCGAAUUUGCUCAUACAGUUGAGUUGUAACUGUAUGGCAAAUAAAUGUCUGUUGACUUGCCAAGAUGUAGCCUGGCACACAUUCCUUGCCUUAUAACAAGCUUGGCAUGCACCUGUUACAGUAGAAAUGGCAAGACAUACAUAUUUCAAUAGUUCAAGUCAGGAGCUUGAUGUACAGAGAGACACUGAAGGUUUGUUCAGCCUAGAGAGGAGAGGGCUAAGGGAGUGGGGAGGUCUAACUGCUGUCCUCGGGUACCUAGUGGGGAGUUACAGCGAAGGUGGCACCUUGACAGAGAUGCACAGCAAAAGACCAGAGGCGAUGACCACAAGGAGCAGCAAGGAAAAUUUUCACUCAAAAAUUCUGACAAGGAAAAAAAUUGUUCAAAUGGAAAGUGGUUCAGCACCAAAGUAGAUGCCCAGAGACAUGGUAGGUUCUCCAUCCUUGCAGGAUGAAGUCUGACUGAGAAAAGCAAUAAGUAUCCUGGUGCAGCUUUGAAGCUGGCCAUGCAUUUUGCUGAAGGUUGGUCACUUACAGCCUGAAGUAUCCAUCCCAUGGGAUGUUGAAAGCUCAGUGCAGCCACUGAGCAAUGGGUGGGACGGGCACUUUCUGCUUCUCUGGGGUGUUCUGCUGGAGUCUGGUUAGACUGCCCCAGCAGGCAACACCAACUAACUGGCACUGUAGCAGAGGCUAAUGCAUAAGCACAGUCAACUGAUGUUUGGUAGCUAGAAAAGCUGCUUGAGGCCAGAACCACGUGUUUUGCGUCUGGUUUGGAAAAAGCAUUACAAAUAAAAUAAAAA